GCGAAUUCCACCGACGACCGAUCCAACCAGCAAGGCAUCAGGACAUGUCCGCGAUUAAAGCCAAGGUCGAGGACGCCGCCUCGUCCGCCAAGGCCGGCACGGAGAAGGCCAAGGCCGCCGCCGGCGAGAAGGUGGAGAAGGCGACGACGAGAGACCCGGUGAGGAAGCGGGAGGCCGAGGAGCGGAAGGAGGACCGGAAGCUGGAGAUCGAAUCCGACGAGAGGGUCGAGAAGGCCGGCCAUGGCCCCGAGAAGCACAAGGUGGAGGAGUAGACCGUAGGCGCCUACGGGUGAACGCGAGCAGCCAGCAGGGCGGCACGCCGGCGCUGCCGCGAGUGGAACGAGCACGGAGCACCAUACGACUUGUGCGCCAUAGCCAUACGAGCUGUGUUAAUCUUAUGUAACGUCGAUUGAGUUUAUUAUAAGAAAACACAGGCAUCUACCGUUAUUCA